AAAUGAGAAGAGAAGUUGUUGAAUCGGUUCACACGGAUGCAUCGAACGAAAGGGUUCACGUGUCUCCCAAGAAAGCUGCAGAGGAAGAAGAUUAUGAGGUGAAGGAAUGCACUGAAGAGAAUUCUCUCUCUCAAAAUCAUAAAUCUUCUAAUGUAAUCUCAGAGGUAUUGUAUAAAAGAGAGAGAGAUGGUAAUGAAUAGAGAUUUGAAAGUUGUGUUUUGACUCUUUAUGUUCUUGAUUUUUAUCAGAAUGAUGUGAAUAAGAAGCAUUUGGAUCAUGAAGAAGAUGAUUGUUCUGUUGCUUCUUCAUUGAAGAAUGUUAAGUCUAAAGUAACUCAUGGAACCGCGCCACGAUUUAGAAGUGCACAACGCGCUGAGAAACGCAAAGAGUAUUACCAAAAGCUUGAAGAGAAGCACCAAGCACUUGAAGCUGAAAGGAUCGAGCUUGAACAAAGGCAAAAGGAAGAACAAGAAGCAGCCAUUAAACAGCUUAGGAAAAACCUCAAGUUUAAGGCUAAUCCUGUUCCUGAUUUCUAUUAUCAAGGACCUCCCGCGAAACCCGAGCUCAAGAAGUUUCCAUUGACGCGGCCUAAGUCGCCGAAGCUAAAUCUGUCCCGGAGAAAGAGUUGCAGCGAUGCGAUUAGCUCGAAUGGUGAAGAGAAUUCAAAGUCACAGGUAGAAUAGGAUUUGAAGCCUGUGAUUGUGAAUGAUUUGUUGUCAAGAAGAUGUUUUCAUAACCUAAUUUUACUAGACCGGAGUAAACCAAACUAUUAUUUCCGGUUAUUUCCGGUUUUCUUGUUCUAUAUUGAUUGUUUUUUUGUUUUUCACGUCUGUCUCUCUACUUGAUUUCGUUUUAAUUUUACGUAACGUUUUAAAUCUGAAAUUGUAUAUUUGAAGUGUUUGAGGAAUCUUGGAUCUAAAGUUUGUAUCGAUUUUAUAUCGGUCGUUAUUUUGUCAUUUGUAUGAACUUAUAUUUUCUUUGUUACUAUUUGAGAGUUGUAAAUAGAAUACAAAA